AGGGAGGAAGACGAACAUCGAGAGCUUUCGUUUCGCGAGCCUACGUCGGUCAUGAUCUGGACCGUGGCAUUGAGUCUCGUCUUCGGCUUGGCCCGAGCUCUGACCGGCAACUACAAGUUCGAGGACUGCGGUAGCGAAGCGAAGAUCCUGUCGAUGAACAUUGAGCCGUGCGAAACGCACCCUUGCGUGUUCUUGCGAGGUAAAGAUACGAAGAUUCAUUUCUCCAUAAUUGCAGAUCAGGACAGCGACUGGCUUCGGCUGGAGCCGACCAUGAGGAUAUUUGGUGUGGCGUUCCUUGUGCCGGGUAUGGAACGCGACAUGUGCAAGGUCGUCUACCACUGCCCCGUGGUCAAGGGACGCACGUACAACGGCACCAUGACUGUGCACGUGCCUUUCUAUGCCCCACAG